AAAAGGACGUCGUGCUUUCAGCUGCGAUGGAGUGGGCACGUUUGUGUGCCCUGGUGUUCCUUUCCUGCUGUGUGCUAGUGGAAGGCAGUUGCCCGCUGCAGUGCUCGUGCCCUCCCGCGCCCCCUGCCUGCGCCCCCGGGGUGAGCUGGGUGCUGGACGCCUGCGGGUGCUGCAAGGUGUGCGCGCGCCAGUACAACCAGGACUGCGGCCCCAGCCAGCCCUGCGACCACAUCAAGGGCCUGCGCUGCCACCUAGGGGCCGGAGGCAGGCCUGACCGGGGCCUGUGCAGAGCCGAGGCGCAGGGCCGCCCCUGCGAGUUCAGCGGGCGCCUGUACCAGCACGGUGAGGACUUCCGGCCCAGCUGCCAGCACCAGUGCAGCUGCAUGGACGGCGUGGUGGGCUGCAUGCCCCUGUGCCCGCACGAGGUGCCCCUGCCCGCCCCGCCCUGCCCGAACCCCCGCCUGGUGAGGGCGCCGGGCCGCUGCUGCGAGGAGUGGGCCUGCGACGGCGGCAACCACAUCAGCGAGGACCCCCCGGGGGAGCCCCAGCGCACCCCGGUCCCCGACCCCUUCCCCGGGCUGGCCAGCAACGAGCUGCUCGCGCCCACCCUCCAGCACCCCGACGUUCUGCCGGCCUACCCAGAGUGGAGGUCCCUGCCCAGGUCCUCCAUCCCGGCUCCCUCCCCCUGCCUGCUGCAGGUCACCGACUGGUCGGAGUGCUCCGCCACCUGCGGCAUCGGCGUCUCCAGCCGCGUCACGAACGCCAACCCCGAGUGCCGCCUGGUCAGAGAGACGCGGCUCUGCCAGGUCAGGGCCUGUGACCUUGACGUGACCUCCUCGCUCAGGAGAGGCAAGCAGUGCCAGCGGACAGUGCGCCCCAGGGAGCCCGUGCGCAUCACCUUCGCGGGCUGCACCACGGCCCGCCGGUACCGGCCGCGCUCCUGCGGCGCCUGCGCGGACGCCCGCUGCUGCGCCCCCUCCCUCACCCGCACCGUGCGCCUGCGCUUCCGCUGCCCGGACGGGGAGAGCUUCGCGCGGGCCGUCAUGUGGGUCCAGCGCUGCCGCUGCCGGGACGCCUGCCAGCAGGGUGCCGCCCCCGCGGCGGGCUCCCUGCCCUCCGUCCGCCUCCACAACGACAUCCACACCUUCGCUCGCUGAGGGGGGGGGGAUCGGGCGGCCGGGGCCUGCCCGCACCCCCACCCCCCUCCUGCUGCCUGCACCUCCCAGAGGGCCGGCCCCCCGAGACUCUACUCAGACGCACAGGUCAUCCUGUCCUGCCAUGAUGGACCCUGCAACCUCCUGUCGCGGGGGGACCGGGGCUCGGCGCCUCUACUAAAGAGGGUUUUUAGCCGAUCUGUAGCGAGUCACAUACAGCCCAGCAAGGAUCGCCUUGUUGACAGUACCCUAGCUAUGCAAUCAGGCUCCGCAGGGCCUAAGAUCCAUCACUCCUAGAAAACCCUACACUUAGCGGCUCGUACCUGCGUUGCGAAGGGGCCGGUCCAGAGCCACAGAGCCACAGAGCAGCCAGGUGCCCUCCCCGCCACCCCCCACUCUCUCUCCUCCCUCCAACGCCACCCUCCCCCCGCGGCAUCACCUUCAGUGGGCAAGUAGAAAUAAGUUUCUGCCUAAGGGGCUCGAACCUGACGUGGGUGGGGGAUAAAAACAGGCCCAGCAGCAUAAAAUCAGACGAGCUUCAAAGAAGCAAUUUCUUAUUGACGACGCAGCUCCCUGUUGGGAACUUUAAUGUCACGGAAAAGCUCCUGAUUGGAGCUUGUGUCUUCUGGAAGGAGGACCAAUUUAAUUUGAAUCGAAGACGCUUCCUCUUGGAUAUUAAAUAUUCUGGAAGCUGGAUAAAUGCCAGACGAGGCUCCCGAUCGGACCCUAUUGUUGGAUAUCUCUAACUGUUCAUGUAGCACAAACUCUUUUUCUUUUUUGAUCAUGCUUUUGUGAAACCUUUCCCCCCAAGUACUUUCACACUAUAUUCCCAUUCCAACGAUUUGAUGAGGGGAGGAUUUAGCUCGUUAAUUGGAUUCAAAACCUAUGUGUUCUUUUCUUCAGAUAAUCACAGUUUCCAAAAAAGGUUCACGUGAGUUGACUGCCACGUCAAAUGUUUUUACACAAGUAAUUUAAUUUUAACUGUAUACACCCAUAUUCUGGUUUACACGUCAGCUCCCAUGGCACCUCUACUGGUGAUAUUGACAUUCAAAUGAAAAAAUAAUUAAAAGAAUUAUGUGUAUAGUGUUACAGAAAAGAAACAUAAGUGGGACCAAAGUAUUUUCUUUGUAGUGAGAUUCCUUAAAAAAUAGUGACACAAACCUUAUCCGGCAAUAUAAGCAAAGAAGUCUAUUUAUUGGUAUAUUAAAAAAAGCUCUUGAUUUCUAGUUUGUUUUUUAAGUACUGUUCAUGAACACAAAACAGGAAUUAUCUGAUAGCGCUAAUUCCAAUUUUUUUGGAUGUAAGAAUUCAGGCCUAUUUGGCUUCUCCUUGAUGUUGAAUCUAAUAUGAAUGUUUAAGUGUAUGAACAGGUAAACUUGCCUGUCCGGAUGUGUUUAUUAUUUUUUAGCAUAUAAUAUAUAUUGUGAACAUCAUUCCGGUUCGGUGAGUGAUCCGCGUGUCUGCGUGAAUUCCCGAAUGGGCGUGGUUGUGGGUGUGUCCGUGACUGUGCCCCUCCCUUGUGGGUGUGUCCGUGACUGUGCCCCUUCCCUUGUGGGUGUGUCUGUGACUGUGUCCCCUCCCCUGUGGGUGUGACAAUGGGCGUAUCCAUGUAGUUGUCCAUCUCUCCUGUCUAAAGAGACUCUUCAAGUAUGAAUUGAAGUAUAAAAUUACCCAGACUCUUUCACACCAUUUGGCCUUCUCUGAUAUUAGCAAAGUUCAUCUUGCUGAUAUCCUCCCCUCUGAAAGGCUGUGGAUCCUUUUAAUGCUUUUGUAGGACCUUUCAGUAAAAUCUCUCCGUCAUCAAUACUCCCUCUAGCAAUAUGAAACUGGAUUUCAGUUUCCAGGUGCCUAAAAACAGACCAGAAAACUUUCAAUUUGAAAACAUGUUUAAGGGGAGCCGGUUAGCAAUAGAAAGGGAUGGAUUUUUUGUAUUCGUCCCCUGAUAGUCGUAUGGCUGUGUGUGUGUGCACUGUAGCAUUUGUACAGACUUCACGCUUGGUGGAGUGACUUUGUGACAUUGCUUCAUUUUUUUGGGGCUUAGCUAGCUGCUUGACAGAGGCUCUCUUGUAUCGGAACGAGACCUGUAUAUUUAAGACUUCUGCUUUGUUAAUAUAUACCUUGAAUGUCUCUCGGUGUCAUUAAAAAGUCUCUUUUUUUAUGAAAAUAUUUAUAAAUAUAUAAAUAUCUA